AUGGAAGUUUGGGCUGACACUAGCAGCAAGAUUAAUUACGAAGUCAAAUACACCAAUUGGGACCACAAAGUAAUUCACUUUGAGUAUCCAUUGCAUUUGAUAGUGCUUACUCUGAAGGGCUGUGUUUCUCUUCUGUUGGUUGCCUUUUUUCACACUUCACCUCGCCAAUUCUAUAUGCCUUAUCAACUCACCAGAAGGAGGAUGUAUGGGAGUUUUCCCUCUUUUUCUGGCAACAUGGCUGGGAUAUAUCAACUCUUCACUGAAUCCACUGAUUUAUACGGUGUUCGACCAACGUUUCCGCACUGCCUUUCGUUCCAUACUUUGUUUUACGUCCUCAAGGAGAUGAGAUGUUCUGCUACCUGGAUUUAUUUGUAA